AUUAGAAUAACGCCUUAAUUGAGCCUACGCCAUCUGGAGUUAGCGCGCAGUUAGUUUUCCUAUUGGCUGUUCACAAGUAGAACACGGAUUAUUUCAUAUUCAUCUCGCGGGAUUGUAUACAUGCAUAGCACCAUAUGGCAUUUGUGCCCUACACGGUGAAGUUUGCAAUCGCACUGGCUUGGUAUAACCCUUGGUCACUUCGACGAUGUUUCCCUCUGGAAAGUUCCCAUCUUACUUCUUCAAAGUUGGCUUACUUCUUGGCCUUACCUCCCGAUCGGUGAAAUGCUCGGCUAAAUACGUUUGCCCGGAAGAGAACAAAGGGUCGUCGUGCAAUGCACAGGACAGGUAUGAAUUCUUUUAUAACGAAUCGACUUGGGAAGAAGCAAAAGAAAUUUGCUCCAAACGUAACGGAACAUUAGUUGACUUCAGUGAUGAGCAAGAUUUAUCAUGUGUCGACAAAACAAAUUCUUCGGAUAAAAACAUCUGGAUAGGACUGACGAAAACGAAUGCAUCAGUAGCUAAAAAGAGGAUUAAUUAUUACUCGUUUGAAAUCGGGCUGUGUGAAUGUGCAAAUAUCAGUGGGCAUUUGAAGAAUUCCUCGUGCACUGGGGACGCAUUUCCAUCAAUUUGUUCGAAAAAACAAGACAAGUGUGAUAAUGGCUGGAAGCGAAAUGGCAGCCAUUGUUAUCUGCCUGUGUAUGACCUAAUGACAUGGUAUGGUGCGUUAGCUCACUGCCGAAGACUGAACAGCACACUUUAUGAAGGCAAUGCUUCCAAAGAUAUAUUAUGUAAUGCGUCACUCGAAAAGUAUUUUUGGACACGAAAUCUCUACAAGAUCAACAUGAAUGAAAGCAUUCAAUGGAAGUUGGUUGGUGGACGUUCUUACAAACAGAAUAAAUGGAGAAUUCCUGACAUGCGCUGCGGUGUUUGUGGUUUCUGGGAAAAUGGAGUUGUUUACCUUAUAACUCCUAAUUGCUCUCAAAACUUUUCCUAUUUGUGUAGAAACGAUUCGCGUGCAAAUCUAACCUCAAAUAACCCGCCAUUGUCUCGGAAAAGCGUCAAUGCUUCGUGUUUACUCCGUAUCUACCCUAACGAGAGCAUCGUGCAGGAGAAUGUGUCGUCGUACUGGUUGGGAAUUUAUAGCAAGAACACGUGCUCUUCUCGCUUGGUAAAGAACCUGCAGAAUGAAACUGAUGAGUUGAAACUGAUAACUUGCUCGUAUGUUUCUCGAAAUUCUGACAAGACAUCCAAUGCAGAUUGCGAUAACAAAAAUCAUGUAAUUUGCGUUAAGUCAGCUCGAUGCGAUCCAGGGUGGAAGAAAUAUAACGAGCAUUGCUAUAAAGUCAGGCGAAGUCAAAAUUUGACAUGGAGAGAAGCUGAGAGAACGUGUGGCCGAUUUGGGUCUCGCUUGUUGAGGAUAGACGACGAUGAUGAGCGGCGGUUUAUUUCCGGGCUGGUGAAUAAUUCUAGGAUGAACUCAUCCUGGAUUGGGCUUCCGUGUAACAUUUGGCGAUGGGUGUCCGAUAAUACAACUGCGAAUUAUACAAAUUGGGACUCAGGGCAGCCAGAAAACAAUAGCACUAAAGACUGUGUUUAUUUUGUUGAGGGAGCGACGGAAUGGGAAAAUGAAGCUUGUUUAUCAAAUCAUUUCUAUAUAUGUGAAAAAGAAGGUACAGCCUGUCAGGAUAAUUAUAAUGCGACAUGGAGACGUUUUGGGAAGUCUUGCUAUAAUUUGUCAGUUGUGCAGAAGACGUGGAGUGGAGCGAAAACGGAAUGCCAAAAAUUGGGUGGAAAAUUGCUCAAAAUUGAUGAUGAAAAUGACCUGGGAAAGAAUAUAUCUACGUGUAUCGUGAGCAUGGAAAAGAAGUUUUGGAUUGGGCUUCGUCGUGUGAAAUCAAUUUGGACUUGGAUAUAUGACGAUAGCCCGCAUUAUUACAAUAAGUCAAAUGAACCGAAAUAUGAACGGCAAAAUUCUCGUUGCUCUUCCCAUUUCGAGAAUUAUAUCUGCAAGAAAUCAGCUCAAUUAUCUGGAUGUCCUAACGACUGGAGAAACCAAAAUGGAUCUUGUAUCCGAGCUUUCAACAAUGUUAGGACCAAGUGGAAGUAUGCUAAUGCCUUUUGCCGUUCGCGGCAUGGUAGCCAUCUUGCAAAUCUUAGUGAUAUCAAACGCAUUAAUGCAUCUCAAUAUUUGGAUUACGGUAAACGAUACUGGAUAAAUAACGCAAGUAUUCAGUGCUACUCCUCACGUGAUCCAUUAGAUGGCUGGCGAUGGAUUGACGGUGAACAAUUCAAUGACAGUAACAGAAGAGGACUUUAUACUGGGAGGCUGAAAUACACUGGCGAUAAUAGAAGAUGUGCCGUACUUCACGUCAGCAAUAAUGGCACGAUGUGGCAAGAUCACUCUUGUCUCACUAAACAGUCCUUCAUCUGCAAAAACAAUUCGAAAGUUAUUGUACCAGGUACAGGUGAAAACUCGAAAGGUAUCAACCCAAGUGCAACUAGAAAUUUCGAGUCAAGCUAUACAAGUGUAAGCUCAGUUGGCAAAGAAAUUUCCGGUGGAAAUUCAACCGCACAGGGGAAAAUUAUUGCAGUUGUCAAGGAACUUCUCCGUUUUAAGCCUAACACUUCAGAGAUAAAAGAUGCCAUGAAAGAAGUGCCUAAGAAUCCGAAUCUUGAAGAAAAACUAGCUGAUGUAAACACAGAAGUCAUUGGAAUUGUCAACUCAAGCUUCAACCUAAAUUUUAAUGCUACAAUUGAAGAAAACGUUUUAGAAGUAAAAGUGUCCACAAAAAGUCUCAAAGAACUACGCCAAAGAAACAAUAUCACAAUGCCGAUACUUACAAUUGAGGAAAAUUGUUCAAAACAAUCAAAUUGUACGAUCAAAAUAAUUGAAAUUCAAUUCAAUGGUGUCGUGGUGAACAGCAGUCACUUAUCGAAUAAUUCUCUCCAGGAAUUUUCCAAUAUAUCCAUGCUUGAUUACAUUGUGAGGGCAAAUGUCAUAUCCGAGCUGGAACCCAAUGAAACAGUGUCCCUAAAUUUCAGAGAAAAGCGAAGCACUGUUUUAAAAAAAGAUGUCGAAUGCGCAUAUCUGGAUAAAGUUCAAUGGAGUAAAAAAGGAAUGAAAUUGCACUCAGUAGACGAAAAUAAUGUUCAUUGUCAAGCGGAUCAUCUCUCAAGUUUUACAAUGAUUGUUCUAGGAGCUGAGGUAGACGAUACUAAUUCUCGUGCCUUGCUAAGCAUCUUUUACAUCGGAUGUACAUUGUCAUUGACUGGUCUUGUUUUCUCGUGUGUUGUGUAUAUUUUGCUACGCAAAGAUCUCAAGAUUUUAACGACCACUCGUCUUUUGGUACAUUUCAACUUACUGAUUGCCCUAGGAUUGACGCAGAUUGGUUUUCUUGCUGGAGGACGCACCACAACAGAUGGGGUUCCUUGUAAGAUUGUGGCAAUUUUUUUGCACUAUUUCACGUUUGCUGGAUUUACCUGGAUCCUGCUGGAAGUUACAUUGCUCUAUUUGAAACUAAUCUCUGUGUACAGUGGAGAGUUUGUCAGGAUGAAGUAUUUCUAUUUGUUCGGCUGGGGAUUUCCUUUGAUAUUUGUUGGCUUAUCUGCUGGACUGAACUAUGAUGUUUAUGGAAAUGAUACAUGGUGUUGGAUCUCUUACGAGGAUGGAUUUAAGUGGUUGAUCUUCGCGCCCGUGAUAAUUAUGACAUCAAUAACAUUUCUAGCCGUCGUUGGCGUUGCUCGUGUGCUGCUCGUUGUCUCGAAGUCCGAAGGAGCCGAUAAUAUGCGAAGAAUAAUUUCUGCCGCCCGAGGCGUUCUCGUAUUGUUUCCAACUCUUGGUCUUUGUUGGGUAUUCGGCAUUAUCGGCGUCAACCACGAUGCCUUGGUCUGGAAAUAUCUUUUUGCAAUUUCCUCUUCCAUUCAGGGGUUUCUAAUUUUUAUGAUUUAUGGAGUUUGCAACACAGAGAUCCGAAGCGCAAUUGCUCGAAAAAUGGGAUUUGAUGUCCAUCCAGCUACCUCCAUGUCGGAACGCAGGUCUUGAACCAAUGUUUUGGCAGAGAAGCAUAUAUAUCAGCAGUUCAACAUGUAGUAUGCACGUAAUCAGCGCACCUAACUUACAAUUAUCUAAGUAAUUAUUAUAAACUAUAUUAAUUAUCUUAAAUAAGAAUUGUCUUUCAAAAAUGUAUAUAUGUAUAUGAAAGACAGCUUACGCGGUGUAACUAAGAAAUUCUGUUUUUAGGACCAGUUGAAAUUGCAAUAUACUAGUUCAUUCUAGCUCAAGACGAGUGAAGAAUUUCAACCAUAAAAUUUAAACAAUUUUACUUCAUUUGUUACAUUUCUACCUUUCAUUUAUUCUACCAUUUUCGAUACAUCUCCACUUCUUACGCGUCAGACUGAUAUUGGACGCAUAUUUUGCAAUUUUAUUUCGCGUUUAUUGCACUUUGUAAUUCUAACGUUCAUGUUAAUAAUUAUUGAUUGUACUGUUCGUGUUCAAAUCUUGUUACGGUGAUGUACUAUUCAGCCCCUCGUAUAUUUCUUGAUAAAUAUAUUUCUUAAAUAUUGUAACAGAUCACUAACGCAAUUGGCUCACGCUGUGUUAGUGUUCCUGGGUCCUUUUUUUUGUUUACCUUGUGAUAACGACUAAAUAUCAAUUGCGUUGGAAAACGAUUAAAAAUAUACUAUGUUAACUUUUUGUAAAAUUGUAUACUUACUAGCUCUUCGUGAGAUAUUCAACCAUACUUGAUAUUCAAGAAAUAUACCCUUAUCAGAUUACCACAAUUGUAUAUAAAUAUACUGAAUAGCAAAGAAAACUACGGCCGACAUGCAGUUUUGCUAAACGGGAAACUGAAACACUUUUUGAAAGUUCAGCUCCCAAAAUAGAUAAUAUUCAGGGGGUAAGUAUAGAACUGACAAAAAGCAGCUUUUUGUUCAUGCCAAAGGAAUUUUAAAUUAAAUUUAUUUCGCUCAUAAAAAUGGUAUUUAUUGCACCAAAACUUUAAUGUAUAUAGCUAUGAUAUAAGACAAUUAUACCACCCCUCUCAUCGUAUAUAGCUGACAUAGGACUCCAGCUCGUGGUUAUAAAUAGUCUUUAAAAACUAGAAUAGACUACAUAGGGUGUAAGCCCAGUAUAUAUGAAUGCUCUUUAA